AAAUAAAAUUAUUUUGUUAUGGCAGCUAAAUGUCACCUGAAAUGGAAGUGACAUAAUUUUUAAAAUAAAUUAAGAAAAAUUGGUAAUUCUACUUUAUCAGUGUUUGUGGUUACACAGUGCUUCCUUUAGAAUUAGUGUUUGUAAAAUUACUUGAAUAUUAUUGCAUUUUAAAGGUAUCAUAAGAAUUCCAGUUUGAAGUGAACGCCCAAGUAUUUAUUUUAAGAAAAAGUAAGUAAAUAAAAUGGAAGAUAUAUUUCAAUGGUGCAAAGAAGGGAAUGCCCUACAAGUUAGGGUUUGGCUGGAUGAACCGGAACAUGAUAUGAAUCAAGGUGAUGAUCAUGGAUUCAGCCCCCUUCAUUGGGCUGCGAUGAAAGGAUACAACAAAAUUGUGGAAAUGUUACUGCUUAGAGGAGCUAGAGUAAAUGCCACUAAUAGAGGAGAUGAUACCCCUUUGCAUAUGGCAGCUGCUCAUGGUCACAGGGAAAUUGUUAAUAUGCUUCUCCGUCAAAGGGCAGACGUAAAUUUUACAAACGAACAUGGAAAUUCGCCAUUGCAUUAUGCAUGUUUCUGGAAUUAUAUUGAAAUAGCAGAAGAUUUAGUUCAUCAUGGUGCAAAAGUAGCUAUAGCCAACAAAUAUGGACAAACUGCACUUGACAAAAGUAAAGGAAACUUAGCCAAAGCCUUGCAUGAUAUAGCCGUCGAAUCUGGACAAGAUCUGAAAAAAAUUAAGUUUAAGGAUCAAAGUUAUCUAGGUCUAAAAACAAGAUCUAGAGAUGCGACUUUAUCUCGUCAUAAAGGCAUUAACAUCAAAGAAUUAGAAAUGAAAAAGAAAAUAGCUGAUACACAUAGCGGCAUUACUUACAUCGGAAGAUGGCAAAAUAAUGACAUUGUGGCUAAAAUACUUAACGUAAGAGACGUGACUUCCAGAAUAUCUAGAGACUUUAAUGAAGAGUUUCCAAAACUGCGUAUAUUUUCUCAUCCAAAUAUAUUGCCUGUUAUUGGUUGUUGCAAUAGCCCUCCUCAUCUAAUUAUUAUUAGUCAGCUUUUACCUUUGGGAUCAUUGUAUAAUGUACUACAUGAAGGAAGCGGAGGUAUUGUUGUAGAUACGGCACAAGCUCUUCGUUUUGCAAUAGACAUUGCAAAAGGAAUGGCCUUCUUACACAGUUUGGAAAGAACAACGCCUGAAUAUUUCUUGAACAGCCGACAUGUCAUGAUCGACGAUGAUCUGACUGCCAGACUUAGUAUGGCGGAUGCCAAGUUCAGCUUCCAAGAAAAAGGUAGAAUUUACUACCCUGCUUGGAUGUCUCCAGAAGCUCUACAGAAAAAAAUAACUGACAGAAAUUGGGAAGCUUCUGAUAUGUGGAGUUAUGCUAUUUUACUUUGGGAAUUAGCUACGAGAGAAGUGCCAUUUGCCGAUCAAAGCCCGAUGGAAGUAGGCAUGAGGAUCGCUUUGGAAGGAUUAAGAAUUAGUAUCAAACCAGGAAUCUCAUCUCAUAUGACCAAAUUAAUCAAUAUUUGCAUGAACGAGGAUCCAGGAAAACGGCCCACUUUCGAUAUGAUUUUGCCAAUUUUGGACCGAAUGGUGCGUUAAUAAUUGGCGUCCUGCCAUUUUAUUAUCGAUUAGGAAGUUUGUUUAAUGUCUUCUUAAAAAAACGGUUAUCGUCUCAUCUGGAUUGUUACUCACAUGAAUUAAUAUAAAUUUUUCUGUAACUCUUUAUAUAAAGGACAUUUAAAUCUAGCUUUAACUCGACUUCACAAGUUUACACUGACGGAAAAAAUGAUCCAUAGAUCCAUUUUUUUAAAUCUUGUAGUGUUUAGAAAGUGUUUAUUUCUGAAACUUUGUCACUCUAGAGGAGCUGCACCUAGAUACUUCAGAAGUGAGUGUAUCUGUCAUUGGUGCUCAAUGAUAUAGCUUCGAAGAUCAGUAUAAAAGUCAAAAAGUAUAAUGUUAGGCCGAUGCUUAGAAGGCCCUCACAAACCACGACGUCUUACUCUGUCUAGUACAGCUCUUCUACAUAUACUUAGUCAUUCGGAUUUAACAUUCUGUAGAUCUCGUACACUUAAUGAUACACAACACAGAUAUAUGCAGAGUGGUUGCUCAUGUUCAGAAUUGAUUAUGGCACAUUAAGAAAAAGACAAGAAUAACUUUUAAUCGCACUUCCGCACUUGGUUUGAGCCGCUCGUGUCAAUUGUGUAAGCUUGUAACACUUGACCAAACGAUGCUCCAACUUCUUUAACCCGUCUGAAAAAUACAUUUUCUCAUAGUUUGCAAAGUGGGUCUCCAUGGCGGCGAUGACCACAUUCGACUCAAACCCGGCGAGGUUUGAAGUUUGGAAACAAAAAGAAGUCCUCCGCUGCCAAAUCUGGAGAAUACGGUGGAUGGGGCAUCAGUUCGUAGUAAAAUUUGGCCGUGGCGACGGCAGUGGUGUGAGCCGAUAUGUUUUCAUGGUGGAAGAGCCCUUUUUUCUUCAGCAAAGGGGCCGUUUUUUCUGCAAUUCUGCGUUUAAUAGUAAAGACCUUUUUGUCCCUCUUUAGAGUGUCGAUGUAGAUCACACAUUAUGAAUUCCAGAAAACGAUGACCAUAACCUUUCCGGUCGAUAGGACAAUAUUCGCCUUCUCCGGAGAACGUUCGGCAGGUGAAUUUCACUCUUUCGACUUUUCCUUGGUCUCUGUUGUUUACCAUUGGAUACAUGUUUCGUCGACGGCCACGAAACGACACAGAAAUUUCUCCAGAUUGCGCUUAAACACCGUUAAACUGCUCUGAAUUGGUCUCACGGUUGGGCUGGUUGUCCAGAGUGAGCAAAUGCGGCACCUAUUACGUUCUCUUGCUCAAAAUUAAAUCAGGAUAUAAACAAAACUACGAGUCCGCUUUGGCUGAAAUUUUGACAGUAACCGUCUAUGAAAAUGUACUACACGAUAGUAGAUUUCUCUUGCGAUAGUGGCGCCAUCUACUAGGCCACUAAGCGAAUGCUGAGUUCUCGAUCGUUUCGUAGGUGCGGGUGUCAUGUCACUCGAGGUGCAGGUACGUCGUUUGCACCACUUCAUCAUGAAUGGCGAUAUCUAUGUUUCUAACAAGUUUCAGAUUAAAUUAUACAGGGUGUCCAGAAGCUCUUCUGACAAACGAAGACCGGAGAUUCCUCAGGUAAUUUUAAGACAAUCUAACCAAUUCACCUAGUCCGAAAAUGUUUCCUAAGGGAGCUAGAGCUCUUUGAAGAUGGCCCCUGUAAUCAGUUUUUUUUUAAAUAUCUCCAGAACACGGGCGCCUAUAUAAAAAUUUUUAGGGGUGGGGCAGACGUGAAGAUGUUGCACAUUUACUCUGGGCUAAUUAGCAAAAUUCAUGGAAAAGUUAUUUACCAGCAAUUUUAUUGCUGGAAUCGAAUUAUAAGAUCCUAUAUAUUAAUAAUAUAGGUAUGCAAAGUCCGCAGAUAGUGUGCUACUUUUUUUAUAAACAAAAUGGCGCCGACAAAUCGUAUUUUUUUUCAAUUAUUGCUCUAUAACUCCGAAGAUUUUAACUUUGCAACAAAAACACCCAAAUAAAAAUUCACCGCAAUUAAAUUCUGCAUAGAUGUUUUUCACGAUUUGCUCCGACGAAAAUUUUCCUCGGAAAAUGCGGGUUGUCCUAACAAAAACUCUAAUUUUCAAAUAAAAUUUUAGGUAUGUAAUUAUUAAUCAAUAAUUAAAUAACUUAGUGACAUCAAAGCUUUUUUGGUAUAGAUUGUAAUUCCAGAAGCCGGUGAAAAUUAAACGAAUAUUUUAGCAACAAUUCAGUUGUUAAUUAACAAUUUACGAUCGCAAUAAUAACCAAAAUAAUCAUGAUACAUUGAUCAAACUUAUAAAGAUUAUAAAGAUGAGAUGCUUAUUUAAUAUUUUAUCGACAAAAUAUAAAUUUCCCUUUUUUUGCAUAAUCUUUAAAUUUUGAAAAAAAAAUAGUUAUAAUACGCUGGUCUAAUUAGUAAAGUACAAAGAAGGGUUAUUUACCAGCAAUUUUAUUGCUGAAAUCGAAUUAUAAGAUCCUAUAUAUUAUUAAUAUAGGUAUGCAAAGUCCGCAGAUAGUGUGCUACUUUUUUUAUUAACAAAAUGGCGCCCCCACAUCGUGUUUUUUUCAAUUAUUGGUCUAUAACUCCGAAGAUUUUAACUUUACACCAAAAACACUCAAAUAAAAAUUCACCCCAAUUUAAUUCUACAUAGAGGCUUGUUUUAUUUGCUCCGACGAAAAUUUUCCUCGGAAAAUGUGGGUUUUCCCAACAAAAUCUCGAAUUUUCAAAUAAAUUUUUUGGGCAAGUAAUUAUUUAUCAAUAAUUAAAUAACUUGGUGAAAUAAAAGCUUUCUUGGUAUAGAUUAUAACUGCAGAGGCCGGUGAAAAUUAAACGAAUAUUUUAGCAACAAUUCAAUUGUUAAUUAACAAUUUACAGUCGCAAUACCAACCAAAAUAAUCAUGAGACAUUGAUCAAACUUAGAAAGAUUAUAAAGAUGUGAUGCCUAUUUAAUAUUUUGUCGACAAAAUAUAAAUUUUUCAUUUUUUUGCAUAAUCUUUAAAUGUUUAAAAAAAUAGUUAUAAACAAAUUAACAUUUCUCAGAAAUUGUUUAUUAUAUUAUAAUUAAAAAAAAAAUACUUAAUUUGCGUAUUUCAAAGGUCUUGAAAAUGAAUGCUUUAAAAUUUUUUUCCAACCAAUUGCAAAAAAGUUAUGAAACAGCAAAAUAAACAUACGAUUACUUUGUUGUUUAAAAUUUCUUUUAAUUGUUUCAAAGCUUAAAAGUGAGUUUAUGGUACAAACUAAUUACUCCCAAAAAAUACCAAACAUUAGUUCAAUGGUUAUAUUUUAAUCGAAGAUUAAAACUGUUUUUUUUUUGUAACUUUAAGCGCGAAAGUAGGCAUAAUUUUAUUUAUUAACUAGUGCACGUCGCGCGACGGUCGUCGUCUCGAGUGAAAAUUUUAGCUACGGUACUGUAUUAGUCGAGUGUCGCGCGUGUAAAUUACAAAAAAAAUAUUUAUUAUCUUUAAUUAAAAUAUAAAUAUUAAACUAAUAUUCGAUAUUUUUUGUAAGUGAUUAGCUUGUACUUUAAACUCACUUUUACGCUUUGAAAGAAUUAAAAAACAUAAACAACGUAGCAAUCGUAUGUUUAUUUUGCUGUUUCAUAACUUUUUUGCAAAUAGAUGCAAAAAAGUUUUAAAGAAUUAAUUUUCAAGAUCUUUGAAAUACGCAUUUUACCUAUUUUUUAAAAUUAGAAUAUAAUAAAAACUUUCUGAGAAACGUUAAAUUGUUUAUAACAAUUUUUUUUAAACAUUUAAAGAUUAUUCAAAAAAAUUAAAAAUUUAUAUUUUGUCGACAAAAUAUUAAAUAGGCAUCUCAUCUUUUUAAGAUUUCAAAGUUUGAUCAGUGUAUCAUAAUUAUUUUGGUUAUUAUUGCGACCGUAAAUUAUUAAUUAACAAUUGAAUUGUUGCUAAAAUAUUCGUUUAAUUUUCACCGGCUUCUGGAAUUAUAAUCUAAACCAAGAAAGCUUUUAUGUCACCGAGUUAUUUAAUUAUUGGUAGAUAAUUACUUAUCUAAAACUUUAUUUGAAAUUUAAAGAUUUUGUUGGGAAAACCCGCAUUUUCCGAGGAAAAUUUUCGUCGGGGCAGAUCGAGAAAAACAUGUCUUUAUGCAGAAUUUAAUUUCGGUGAAUUUUUAUUAGGGUGUUUUUGGUGUAAAGUUAAAAUGUUCGGAGUUAUGGAGCAAAAAUUGAAAAAAACACGAUUUGGGGGCGCCAUUUUGUUAAUAAAAAAGUAGCACACUAUCUGCGGACUUUGCAUACCUAUAUUAUUAAUAUAUAUAAUCAUAAGCUUCGAUUCCAGCAAUAAAAUUGCCGGUAAAUAACUUUUCCCAAAAAUGGCCCAUUUUCCGAUAAUAAUCAGCCCAGACUAAUUAUAUUUUGUAUACUUUGGAUAACCAUAUAUAGUUCAAAGCACCCGAAGAGCCGGGGGGGCCGUGCCCCCCUGCCCUUGGGUAUGGGCGCCCAUGCUCCAGAACGCUUCUAUUUAGAAAAAUGAAAACUGGUACGGCUAUUUAUCUUUCAGACAUAAAUCGAUUCCAUCAAUGGCGAAUUUCUAGUACCGGUCAUAGGCGCCCGUUUUAGGUAGGGCAACGGUUAUUUUAUCGCAUAACUUUUUUGUCUUUAACUUUUAAGGAUUUUUCACACUGGAUUAUUAAAUUGUGAGGUAUUCUAGUACUAAAAGGUACUCCUGCUUUAAGUUGGUAGGAUACACCAUUUUCUAGAAAAAUCAAUUUGAAAUUUUUCAAUUUUUGAAUUUGAAAAAAAAUUUCAAAAAAAGAUUAUUUAGAAAAACGAAAACUUGUACGUUUAUUUAUCUUUCAAAGAUGAAUCAAUUUCACCAAUUGCGAAUUUCUAUGUCAUAUGCGUCCAUUUUGGGUAGGUCAACGGUUAUUUGUAUAAGUUUUUGUCUUUAAUUUUUAAGCAUUUUUGACACUAGAUUAUUGAAUUAUGAGACAUUCUAUUAUUAAAAGUUAUUCUUGAUUAAGUCAGUAAAAUACAACGUUUUUUUGAAAAAUUGUUUCAAAUUUUUUCAAAUUCAAAAAACGAAUAAUUUUCAAAUCGAUUUUUUUAGAACACGAUGUAUCGUACCGACUUGAAGUAAAAGUACCUUUUAGUACGAGAAUACCUCAUAAUUUAAUAAUCCAGUGCAAAAAUGCUUAAAAGUUAAAGAUCAAAAAGUUAUGCGAUAAAAUAACCGUUGCCCUGCCCAAAACGGAUGUAUAUGACCGGUACUAGAAAUUCGCAAUUAUUGAUGGAACCGAUUUAUCUCUGAAAGAUAAAUAGGCGUACUAGUUUUCCUUUUUCUAAAUAGAAGCGUUCUGGAGGUAUUUAAAAAAACUAAUUACAAGGGGCCAUCUUCAAAGAGCUCUAACUCCCUUUUCGGAGUUUUAGCAUUUUCGGACUAAGUGAAUGGGGUUAAAUUGUCUUAAAAUUAUAUGAGGAAUCUCAGGUCUUCGUUUGCCAGGAGAGUUUCUGGACACUCUGUAUAUAAACAUAAAAUGAAUAGACUGCCAUCAUACUGCAGCCUAAACAAUAUGCAUUUUGCGUUUUUAUAUGGAUCAUUUUUUAUUUUGGUGACAAGAUUAUUAUUUUUUCAAUCUUAGGAGUCUUACCUUACUUAUUAACAUGUGACAAUGUUCAGUAUAUUUAUGUUAUUAAUGUAUCGUUCCAUUUAAAAAGAUAUAACCGUAGGCACAAUCGUUUAACGAUCUAUAGAUGUAAAAUUGAUCUGUAAUUCACACUAAAAAAUAUUUAAGUGCCUUUAAAACUGCCUUAUUAGGGAUUGUAACAUAGCUUUUAUUUUUUUAACGAUUUUUAAAUUAAUAUAAUAAUAUAUUUAUGUAUUUAAUUUUGUAAGAUGUUUUAAUAAUGUAGGUGUUAACUACUUAAGAAUUUGUUUAUAAAUGUGUGUUUUCCGCUAAUUGUAGUUACUUAAAGAUCAAAUUAAUAAAUUGUUAUAAAUUUAUUUUAAA